AGGCUGCCGCGCCGCGCGCCGCCUGCCAGCCGGCGAGGGCGCCGCGGGCGAUGGCCCAGCGCGAGACGCGCGCGGCAGCCGCCCAGCGCUUGACCGCCCAGAGGGGGCCUGUGGGGUCGUUGACGGUCCUCGAGCAGAUUGCGAGCCGCCCGAAGACGGAGGUACUCUACAAGAAAACGGCGCCCGCCUUCCUGGAGUACUGCACCAUGCGAGGACUCGACUGGCGCAGCGUGGAAGAGAUGGACGUGGUCCUGGCCCUGCACCUGAACGGUUGCUUCCAGCAGGGGGUCUCAUCCGAUCACGGGACUCAGGUGCCGGCGAGCCUAUGCCCACUUCUACCCGAGCCUGCGUGGCGCGCGGAAGUCGCAGUGGCCGCGAGCGGACCGCGCCUCGAUCGCGCGGAAGCGUCGGGUGCCUGCGGGAACGCGGCUGCCGUUGCCGCAGGCGGCGGCUGUGUGCCCGCUGCUGGUGGAGGCGGGGGCGCCCUGGAUGGCUGUCUGGGUCGCCCUGUCGUUAGCGUCUGGAUGGCUGUCUGGCCCGGGGAGACGUCGAAGUUGCAUGGACGGAACCUCAUCCCUCCGUCGCCAGCGGCUGGACUUCAGCAUCGUCACUGGGCCCUACUCCUUCACGAUGUGGGGUCGCUGAUUCCUGGAAAGACAGGGCUUCGCGACGAGAGCGUAGUGAUCGAUCUAGAUCCGUGGUUGGUUCCCGCUCUGGAGUACCUGAGAUCGACGACGAGCUCCGACUCCAGCCUGUGGUCGUUCACGGUCGCGGCCUUGCGGCCCAAGCACAGCCGGCGCUUUGGUCCGCUGGGCUUGCCUCAGGUGUCGGACCACAUGUGCUGCCACAGGCACGGCGGGGCCUCCGACGAUGUGCUCAGCCGUCGGAGAGAUGCGUUCCAAGUUCAGUUGAGGGGCCGCUGGGCCUCAGUAGAGAAUCUAAAGCGAUACGACAAAGAGACAAAGUUUCUGUCCGAGUUGAGUUGGGUCCACGGCGACGUAUUUCGCCUGGGUCACCUGAUGAUGGAGCACUUCUGGGCAGCGUGUACCGCAGGCGGGAUCGAGGAGGCAAACAUCGGACACCGCGCCCCCGCGACAUGCCAGCCGGCGGUGAGGGCGGCUCGGCGACUAAGACAAUGAAGGUUGGUCGCCGCCCAUGAAGCCUCUCUACUCUCCUAGCACUUCUGGAAUCCGAGCCCACCUGUAGCGCCGA